AUGUACUCACAGCUGGACCAUUUUGCCCCUCAUAACUGGACCAUUUUGCCCCUCACAGCUGGACCAAUUUGUCCCUGUUGUUAUCCUCAGUUUGGUAUAAUGAUUCACAGAUGGAUUAUAAGGAUUGCAAUUGUUCUGGUCAUAUUCUUCACGGAAUCACAAAUCAUCAACAAAUUUACAUGCAAUCAAAACUUUGAUGUGAACCUAGAUGAACAUCUACAGCUCCUUCUCGCAAUCACUCGUCAUCGUAUUUUCAUCAUCACGCUACCCUUGAUCCUUCAUCUGCAAAAAACAUGGAUACUUAUUAACAGAGAAUGCCAAGAACCAACGAAACCGAUCGGAAUUUCGAGAGAGAAAAACAUACACACAUUGGAUACACAUAGUGAUUUGAUUUCGAUCAAAAAUGGGUUUCAUGUCUGGGAUGUUUCUUGGGGCUUUAUUUGGAAUUGGGAUUAUGGUGGGUUGGCGUCAUAUGAUGAGACAAAGAAGCAAAAAUCGUACUUCCAAGGUGACAUAAAGCUCCUGGGGUCUCUUGAUAGAGAAGAUUUAAAAAAACUUUGUGGUGAUAAUUUUCCUGAAUGGAUAUCGUUUCCUGUUUAUGAGCAGGUGAAAUGGCUUAACAAACAACUAAGCAAACUGUGGCCGUAUGUUGCCGAAGCUGCUACGAUAAUAAUUAGAGAAUCUGUUGAACCUAUAUUGGAAGAGUAUCGUCCAUCAGGAAUUUCAUCUUUGAAGUUUAGCAAACUUUCUCUUGGAAGUGUGGCACCAAAAAUUGAAGGAAUCCGUAUUCAAAGCCCUAAGAAAGGUCAAAUAUCAAUGGACAUGGAUUUUAGAUGGGGUGGUGAUCCAAAUAUUGUUUUAGGAGUCGAAGCUGCAGGUGUUGCUUCAUUACCUAUUCAGGUAAACAACCGGUUACCCGGUUAUACUUACCCCACCCAUCGUCAUCUUCAUCCCCAUACAUCCUUCUUCUGUUCACCAUUCUUCUUCUUCUUUUCUGGUGUAAUGAAACAAACCACGUUGGUCUCCCUUCCUCUUCAUUCUGAAUGUUUCCCCCAGCCACCAUGAAACCUAGGAAAAGAGUGUUGGAGCUCCUCUAAAAUCGCCUCCUUAGAUUCGCCAUCAACAUCAUCUACAACCAGAGUCGGUCCACCGGCGUAGCUCCACCCCCUGACAUCGACGCAUAUCCUUAUAUCUUCAUUAUACACAUAAACCUUGCCUCCCUUUCUUCUGUUUACCUGACUCCAUCAAAAUCAUCCACAAUUUUUGAAGAUUAGGGCUUGUGGCUGAUCAGAGUUUUCUUCCUCCACCGGCGGAUCGAUCUCAUCCACCAUCUUUCCCUUCUAAUUCUCCAGAUUGAUAUAAGGAGCUUCCCAGUUGCCGUCAUGCUCAAACUCAUCGGGUUUCAUCAUUGAAAUUAAUGAAUCCUAAAGAACCUCAAGUGGCUGCAACAGUAAAAUAUGAAUCAGAGCAAAGGGGUUCAUCGUCUGCUCAUCACAUUCAUCACCUUAUUCAUAUCUUGGAGUCAAGGCGGCACUUGUUCAUCACCUUCAUUGCCUGAUUAAGACCUCUUCGUCGUCGAUAACACACCCAUUUUGGGCUUUACCAAUAUCUAAUUUGUGAUUAAAUACAACACACAUAACGUAUGAUUUGGUACUGAUUUGUAUGUUAUGCAUGUAAUUUUGUGUUCCUUUGUAUUUCCAUGAUGACCAUGGUGAAUGAGGAGGAAAGUAUCACAGGAGGUAAGUUUAGAUAUGGGCAAGAAUGAGAGGUGGUGGUGGACCAUGUCAAUGUAGAUAUGGUGGUGAUGGUGGUUUUCAGUUAUGGUAACAGUGGUGGAUUUCAGGUGUGUGAGGUUUUUGUAAAAAAUGAUGAACAUAUUUGAAGAAGACGACGAACAGGUCUGAAUGGGUUAUGUUUGAUUCAAUGGUUUCAACUUCAAUGAGUUAAAUGGGUUAUGUGUGUGUUACCGGCAGUUGACUUGGAAACCCUCUAAAAGGGCAUAAAUGCAAAAAUUAAAUCAAAUAUCCGGUUUUAAUGAACACAAAAGACACCAAAGGUUGAAGGAUCUUCAAGUUUUUACAAUUAUUCGUGUGAUUUUCCAACUUUCUGAGGAAAUUCCUUGCAUCUCUGCUGUUGUUGUGGCUUUACUUUCUGAGCCAAAGCCAAGAUUCGAUUAUACAUUGAAGGCUGUUGGUGGAAGUUUAACAGCCAUUCCUGGACUUUCGGACAUGAUUGAAGAUACAGUAACUUCAAUUAUUACAGAUAUGCUUCAAUGGCCACACAGAAUUGUUGUCCCCCUUGGUGGUAUACCUGUAGAUACAAGUGAUUUGGAGCUUAAACCACAAGGAAAGCUCAUGUUAACAGUUGUGAAGGCACAUAAUUUAAAAAAUAUGGAAAUGAUGGGAAAAUCUGAUCCGUAUGCAGUUGCAUUUAUUCGGCCACUUGAAAAAUUCAAAACCAAAGUCAUUGAGAACAACUUGAAUCCUGUUUGGAAUCAAACAUUUCAUCUCACUGUGGAAGAUAGAGAGACCCAAUUUGCUGUUGUUGAGGUUUUUGAUGAUGAUAUUGGAGCUGACCAGCGGUUGGGCAUAGCAAAAUUACAGUUGAUUGAUCUUCAACCUGAAAUUGAGAAGGAACUUGAAUUAAGACUACAACCUUCCCUUGAUAUGAUGAAGAUCAAAGAUAAGAAGGAUAGAGGAACUAUUACAAUCAAGGCAAGGUAUCAUCAAUUCACGAAAGAAGAACAAGAUGCAGCAUUAGCAGAAGAGAAGAGGGCACUUGAAGAGAAAGAGAAAAUGAGAAACGAAGGUGCCAUUAAUAGCACCAUGGAUGCCAUUGAUGAUCCCACACACGUGGAUAAAUGAGCUUGAGACAAUAUUCAAGUAUCGACUACAUGUAAAUUUUGUUGCAUAGGAGAUUAUGAUUUCUCACUUCUUUGAGAUGCGCCUUUUACAUAAAUGAAUUUUCUUUCUGUCUUGUUUAUUAUUGUCGCUUUACCAAUGAUAUUAUGUAUACGGAUGAUUUGUCUCAAUUGUAUAACAUUCAUUUUAACUAGUGUUAUACCCGUCUGGUGGUCGGGUUGACCGAUGUAAAAAUUAUAGAUCGAUUUUACUUUCUUUUAUAGUGUC